AUGGCGGAGACCGUACGCUCGCUCUUCGACUACCGGGAGCCACCGACCCUGGACAGCGAUGGAGAGGGAACCAAACCGGAGCCGACACCUAGGGGGUGAGGGUUUUAGUCAGUUAGUUAAUUAGUAGCCAUAGCUACAUUUAAAGGUAAUUUUCUGAAGUGACAGUGCGAGCGAGAUGGUGUGUGUGUGUGUGUGUGUGUGUGCGCGCGCGCGCGCGCGCGCGUUUUGAGUUAACGCUAUAUUGUACUAGGCUCAAAUUAAACUUAUAAUGCGUAACACAUUCGUUAUUAACUUAUUCUCUGCUAGACAUUGUGUGAGAAACCCGUAUAAAUUAUACUCUGAUGUUCAUUAGUUGCAAUAGUUGCUACUCACUUCACAUAGCAGCUUGAUAGGUGUGUGGGUGUAUGUGUGUGAGACGAGAACUGUACGAGCUAACGUUAGCAUUUAGCAACUAACGUUACUGUACUUGUGUAGUUAGCUAAUUUUUCUCAAAUGUGAAUUGUAUGUGAAUUACUAGCUAACACAAGCCAACCAACAAGUCAAGGAGUUAUCAAUCGUUACUAGUAGCUACUCUUAACAAACAGAAGUAAACGCAAUUAUAAUGUUUGUUCGUUUUUGCUAUGGCGACCUGUUAUAUAUGCUGCCAGAGCCUCUCUCCCACUGUGAGUGUGUGUGGUUGUGUGAGAAGAGAGAGUUCACACACACACAGGGAGAGCGUGAGAGAAAGGAAUGAGCACUGUGUGUGUGUGUGUGUGUGAGAGAGAGAGAGGGGGGGGGGAGGGAAGGGGGAGUGUGUGUGCUAGAGAGAGGGGGAGGGAGUGUGUGUGAGCAAGGGGGAGGAGUGUGUGUGUGUGUGUGUUGGAGAGAGGGAGAGUGUGUGCGUGACAGAGACGGACACAGUAUGUGUGUGUGAGAGGGAGGGGGUGCGUGUUGUGUGGAGAGACUGUGUGACAAAGAGAACAAGAGUGUGUGUGUGAGAGGAAUGAGCACAGAGUGUGAGAGAGCGAGAGAGACAGAGGGAGGGGGGAGUGUUUGGUGUGUGUGCUAGAGGGGGUGGCAUGUGAGUGUGUGUGUGUGAGAGAGAAAGGAGGGGAGGAGUUGUGUGUAUGUGCAUGUGAGUGUGAGUGUGUGUGUUUAAGAGAGGGAGGGUGUGUGUAUUCGUGUGUGUGAGAGAGAAAGAUGAGAAAUGGAAUAAAGGUGUGUGUGUGGGGGGGGGGUGGAGGGAGAGGAAGGGGGAAAGUGAAAAGGUGUGUUUUUCAGAGAUUGUGUGAGAGAAAGGGGUGAGUGAGAGAGCAGUGUGUGAGGUAAAAAGGAGAUAAAUAAAUAAGGUGUGUUUUUAGGGAGAGUGUGUGUGAGGAGCGAGACUGUGAAGGACAUGUGUACGUGAGGGUGAGCAUAUUUGUGUAAUAAAGGGGGAGUGUGUGUGUGAGGGAGAGAUAGAGGGGAAGUGUGUGUGUGAGAGGCACAGGGAAGGGGAGGGAAGAGUGUGUCUGUGCAUGCAUGUGUGUUACUUAGUGGGGGAGGGUGUAUGAGUGUUUGUUUGUGGUGUGUGUGUGUGUGCGUGGGGGGGAGAGAGAGAGAGAGAGAGGAGUGGUAUGUGUGUGAGGGACUAGUGUGUUUAUGUGUAACCAAGAAAUGUGUGGGUUUGUGUGUGUGUGUGUUUGUAGAAGGGAUAAAGCAAAGGGGAAGAUUGUGUGUGUGAGAGAGAGAGAAUGUGUGGAUGUUUCUGACUUUCCAUUAGUGUGUUGUCUUCGAAGUAUAAAGAAUAGUGUUUAGGAUGGUAAGAGACUAACAUUUUGGGGUAUCAUAUUUUGUGUGUGUGUGAGAUGUGAGAGAUUUUAGUUUUUGUUUAGUGAUUUUAAACUGACAGUGCAGACUGGUGAAGAAAAGUGUGUGUGUCUGUCUUUAAGAAAUGGAGGGAUAGUGUGUUUGUGAUGAAGAGAGAAGGGGAGGGUGUGUGUGUUAGAGAGAGAGUGUGUGUGUUACAGAGAGAGAGAGAGAGAGAGAGAGAGAGAGAGAGUGUGUUACAGAGAGGGGGGGAAGGAGAGUGUGUUUAAAGGGGAGAGAGCAAGAAGAGGGAGUGUGUGUGUGUAAGAGAGGGAACGAGAAGGGGAGGGUGUGUGAUGGAGAGAGGGUGAGGAAGUGUGUGUGUUUGUGCGUGCGCUUUUGAAACAGAGAAGGGAGGGAGAAUGAGUGUCUGUGUGUCUUGGAAAAAAAUAAAAAAAAGACUGUGUGUGUGUGAGAGAGCAAGCAGGGGAGAGAAUGUGUGUUUGUUCUGGAGGCAGAGGGAGAAGGGGGAGGGUGUGUGUGUCUGUGUGUGUGUGUGUUCUGCAGGCAGAGAGAAAAAGGGAAGGGUGUGUGUGAAAGGGGGAGACAGAGACAAGGUUUGUGUGUGUGUGUGUGUGACUUAGACAAGGGCAGUGUGUUUGCUUGUGUGUAAGAGACAGAGGAAAGGAGAGUGUUUAUGCAUCUACUUUGUUUAUGAAAGAGGGAAGGACGGUGUGUGUGUGCGAGAGAGUGUGUGUUGUGUGUGACUGAGUGGGGGGAGGGUGGGAGUGUGUGCGUGUAGAGAGAAUGUUAUCCAUGGAGGAGGGAGUGUGUGCAUGCGUGUCUUAUGGAGACUAGUGUAGUGUGUGAGAGGAUGUGUGUGUGUGUAUUGAAACGUAUGUGCGUGCAUGGGAGAAAGAGAUGGCGCAUGUGUUCUGGAGAUUGAGUGUGUGUGUUUUAGAGUGAGAAAGGAGGUGUAUUGAAGGAAAAAUGAAGAAGUCUAGGAGUGUGUAUGGUGCAGAUUGUGUGUGUGUGUGCGCUUUGUGUGAGUGUGUGUGUUUUGUGUGUUUGCGUUGUGUGAGUGUGUGUGUGUGUGUGUGUGAGAGAGAGAGGGGUAGAGAGAGGGAACAUGAGACUGUGGGUUUGGAUAUUUGAGAGAGGGAGGGAGAGAGACAGUGAGUGUGUGUGCGCUUGAGCGAGCCUGCCUGCGUGUGUGUGUGUGAGCAUGUGAGCUUUAGAGAGGGGGGAGGGGUGUGUGUGCGUGUAUGUGAGCUUGGCUGAAGAGAGAAUGUGUGUGUGUGUGUGCCUGUAAGCCUGAGAGUGUGUGUGUGUUUGUGUGUGCGCGUGUGUGUGCGUGCGCAUAUGGGCCAGAGUGGGGGAAGGCAGAAGAGUGUGUGUGUGCACAUGUGGGCUCCUAGAACUGUGUGUGUGUGUGCACAUGUUGGUCUUGAGUGAGGACUUGUUUGUGUAUUUGUGUGUGUGUGUAUGUGGGUUGGCAAAGGAGGAGGGCUGUGUGUGUGAGAGUGUGUUUGUUUGUGGGAGAGAGGAGAGGAAGGAGAGGAGAGGAGAGGAGAGGAAGGAGAGGAGAGGAGAGGAGAGGAGAGGAGAGGAGAGGAGAGGAGAGGAGAGGAGAGAUAGGGGAAUGGAGAGAGUCAAUGGGAGGAAGAGAAAGAGCAUGAUAGAGUUAAAGACAGAUGGAAUGGAGAAGAGAGACAUCUGAUUAGACAGUACUAGAAUAGACCACACACACACACACACAAAUCACCAAGAGAGACACUCCUAUGGACUUACUUCCUCAAUCCUGGUUGGGCUUACAUGAACAUGUCAUGAUAAAUCCUAGACUGGCGAUAUGACGUGGUCAUAACUGGUCCCUGGUCAAAAGCAGUGCACUAUAUAAUGUGUGAUCGUAGUACAUUGAAUCAUGUAGAAUUCACAAACACACACGUAGUAUUCAAUUUGACACUUGUCCCACCUGCUGUAUUUGAAGACACAUAAAGCCAUCAAGGAGAAAUAAGCAAAAUUCCAUUGGGACAAAUUGGUUAGGAAAUACACUAUAUAUACAAAGAUAUGUGGACACCCCUUCAUAUUAGUGUAUUCGGCUUUUUCAGCCACACCCGUUGCUGACAGGUGUAUAAAAUCGAGCACACAACCAUUCAAUCUCCAUAGACAAACAUUGGCAGUAGAAUGGCCUUACUGAAGAGCUCAGUGACUUUCAACGUGGCACCGUCAUAGGAUGCCACCUUUCCAACAAGUCAGUUUGUCAAAUUUCUGGCCUGCUAGUGCUGCCCCGGUCAACUGUAAGUGCUGUUAUUGUGAAGUGGAAACGUCUAGGAGCAACAACGGCUCAGCCGCGAAGUGGUAGGCCACACAAGCUCACAGAAUGGGACCGCCGAGUGCUGAAGUGAGUAGCGCGUAAAAAUCAUCUGUCCUCAGUUCCAACACUCACUACCGAGUUCCAAACUGCCUCUGGAAGUAACGUCAGCACGAACUGUUCGUCAGGUGAUUCAUGAAAUGGGUUUCCAUGGCCGAGCAGCCGCACACAAGCCUAAGAUCACCAUGCGCAAUGCCAAGCGUCGGCUGGAUUGGUGUAAAGCUCGCCACCAUUGGCCUCUGGAGGUCCCGUGUGGCUCAGUUGGUAGAGCAUGGCGCUUGCAACGCCAGGGUUGUGGGUUCGAUUCCCACGGGGGACCAGUACGAAACAAGUAUGUAAAUGUAUGCACUCACUACUGUAAGUCGCUCAUCCCAUCGAACACCUUUGGGAUGAAUUGGAACGCCAACUGCGAGCCAGGCCUAAUCGCCUAACAUCAGUGCCCGACCUCACUAAUGCUCUUGUGGCUGAAUGGAAGCAAGUCCCCGCAGCAAUGUUCCAGCAUUUAGUGGAAAGCCUUCCCAGAAGAGUGGAGGCUGUUAUAGCAGCAAAGGGGGGACCAACUCCAUAUUAAUGCCCAAGAUUUUGGAAUGAGAUAUUCGACAAGCAGGUGUCCACAUACUUUUGGUCAUGUAGUGUAUAUAACCUAAGGGGAGGUAUUUACCAGGCUAGAAAGACUGUGGUACUGUACUACAAACGCAUGCACACACACACACUACUGUAAACCACUGUACUGUAUGUAAAUCAGUCAUUGCUAAUGCCUCUUAUAGCGUUACCAUUACAGGCCAUUCUAGAUAAUGUAAUUACCUCAUACAAUGGGGAAUGGGUGAAACGCAUUUAAAAGAAAGCUGUUACUUUAAGAAAGAGCAACUAGGCCCAAGCUUAGUUAAAAAAAGUAUGGGCAUACAUGAGUGACCGCGCAGACAGACACACACACACACACACACACACACUCACACGAGAGAGUGUGCACACAAGAAAGUGCAGGCGCGCACACACAUGUGAGAGCGCCACACAUACACACACACACGUACGUUAUCACGAGUCCAGAUGGAGAGCGAGGGGUGGAUCAAUACAAAGACAGCGAGUCUGGUUGAUAUCUCUGCUCAAAUAGUCUCUCUCUCUCUCACACACACAGACACACACAGACACACACACCUCACGCACAAACACACACGCAGUAAUGAACACUUGAGAAACCAAGGCACUGUUUUCCUAUGGCCUAGUUUUAAGAGCCUCCAAUGUCAUGUAAGGAAAAAAUAUAAAGAAUUACAGAAAACAACAUUUGCGUGUGUGUGUAGAAAAACUGCCCUAAGUCACACUGAUCCAAAGCCAGUUUCUAGUGCUUGGAUUUGAAUGGUUAUGGCUAGGAUUGAGGCAAAGAAAGAUUAGCUCAGAUCAGCUCCUAGUGUAUCCUCUGCUCUUACAAGUGGCUUUUACGCUAUGGCUAGAACCUGCACCGUAAGCAUAGAUCUCUGAUCAGCUUACCAUCCCUGUAUCCUGAAUCCCUGGUAGUGGAGCGAAACUCAACACAGACCUUGGAUCAGUGUAUUGUGGCUUGUGAUUCACAAAUGUCCCUUCAACACCAAUUAACCCAGUAAGAAUUUGGACCAAUUCUGCCCAAAAUCUGCCCAGUCAGCAUUCAGCAUUUUCCCCAAAUAAACCAAAGUAAUUGCAAUUUUACCAAUAAAUAGUCUAAAUGAAUCAAUAAUUCAGUUGUUAUUGGUUGAAAGUAAUUGGAUACAGAAAUUGAGACUGGGUUCCUAUUGGUGAUCAGUGUAUUGAUUGCUUUUCCUACUUGAUUGAUGUGAAGAUUGGUCCGCCUGGGGGAUUGAUACAAUUAUUCUCUCUCUCUCUCUCUCUCUCUCUCUGUCUCUCUGUCUCUCUGUCUCUCUGUCUCUCUGUCUCUCUCUCUCUCUCUCUCUCUCUCUCCUCUGUCUCUCUGUCUCUCUGUCUCUCUCUGUCUCUCUCUGUGUUCCACAGACGCGGUUGUGGGAGGAAAAGAAAGGGAACGCCGGUGAAAGUGUGCGACCGAGUCUUUGUCACAGAGGAUGAGGAGGAGAGCUCCGAACACAGCUACGGUCCAGGUGGGUGUUUGUCCUUUAUUGAUGAUUCUUGUGUGACUGUGUGUAAUAGUUGUGUAGUGUGUGUGUGCAUGCGUACAGGAUUGUGUGUGUUAUAGGGUGAAAGAGGGGUGUGUGUGUGCGUGCUGACCUAGAUAAAUGUGUGUUUGAGUUCGUGUGUGUGAUGUGCAUAUGUGUUUAGGUGGGGGAAGGGUGAUGACCUUGUGUGUGUGUGUGUGUGUGUGUCCUUUCGUGCGUGUCAGUGUGUGUGCUCGUGUAAUCCUUUUAUACUCCUCUGUCAGGUGAUGGUAAGGAGGCUGCCGAGAACAAACGACCAACACUGGAUGGACCAUGCUACAUCAAUGACCCUGCUCAGAUCUGGUGAGUGUGAUUGUGUGUGAUUUCAUUUCAUGGUGUUAUUUUUAUGAUAUUUUUAUGAUAUUUGAUAACAUUUGUGUACUUUUUAUUGUGUGUGUUGUAAUGUGUAUAUAGUUUUCUGUGUGUGUGUGGAUGGGGGGGGCUGUGUGUUUUUUGUCAUGUAUAAUACAAAACAUUAAGGACACCUUCCUAAUAUUGAGUUGACUCCAAUGCUUCCCACAGUUGUGUCAAGUUGGCUGGAUGUCCUUUGGGUGGUGGACCAUUCUUGAUACACACAGGAAACAGUUUAGCAUGAAAAACUCAGCAGCGUUGCAGUUCUUGACACAAACCGUUGCGCCUGGCACCUACUACCAUACCCUGUUCAAAGGCAAUCUUUUGUCUUGCCCAUUCACCCUCUGAAUGGCACAUAUACAAUCCAUGUCUCAAGGCUUAAAAAUCCUUCUUUAACCUGUCUCCUCCCCUUCAUCUAUACUGACUGAUGUGGAUUUAACAAGUUACAUCAAUAAGGGAUCAAAGCUUUCACCUGGUCAGUCUAUGUCAUGGAAGAGGAGGUGUUCCUAAUGUUUUGUAUAGUUGUGCUGUUUUGCGUGGGGUAGCUGUGUGUGUGUGUGUGUGUUGCAGUGUGUAAUUGUAUUGAUUGAAAGUGUGUGUGUUAGCUACAGUUAGUGUCUGUGCUAUCUUUGCUGAUUUUGUAUGUAUAGGUCCACGUGUGCUGAUCUAUCUCCCUCCCUCCCCUUCACUCUCUCCCUCCCUUCCUAUCUCUCUCUCCCCACCUCUCUUCCUCCCUCCCCUCCCCCUUCUCAGCAGUGGGUCUUCAGAGCUGGGUGAGGAGGGAUCCAGCGGGGGCAGGGGGGCGGCGGUGAUGUACCCCCCUCCUCCAAACUGCCGCAUCCGAGAGGUACACUGUGGGAGCCAGGUGCGUCUGGUCGUCAUAGCGAUCCGAGACAUCACCAAGGGAGAGGAGAUCACCGUUGACUACAGCCUGACCGAGUGGGGAGACAACACUAUGGUGAGUAACCAUGGUGACACACCUGUAAGAGCCUAAGCAACUGUAGCCAUGGUGAGUAACCAUGGCGAUAUACCUGUAAGAGCCCGAGUAACUGUUGCCAUGGUGAGUAACCAUGGCGAUGUACCUGUUAGAGCCUACGUGACUGUAACCAUGGCGAUGGCUGGUACCGAUAUAACCUGGGAUGUAGUGAAACGUAAAUGCAAGUAAAAUGCAGUUUACCCACCUUUCUAUUUGGUGAAUAGUGUUUUCAACGAACAACUUACAUUUCCUAAUGGAAAUAAAUUCCAUGCAGUGAGCAAAAUAACUACAAAAUAGUUACAUUUUGAAUAGACAGUAUGCCACAAUAUCCAUGGUUUGUGUUAUCCGAGGCAAGUUGUAAGUACUGCAACUAUCGAUUGGAUCACGUGCAACACAAUUCUGCGCUGUUUACUUUUACUCUGGUUAAAUAAUCCUCUUUUUCUCACAGAAAUCGUUGAGUAAUUAUUUUGGGCCAUAAUGCGUAUCUGGGUAUUUUCAACUGGGCUGACUACUGUAUUUGACUGAUUAUAGUAUAUAGUGCUUUUUGAGUAGCUACUGUUAUUGGUUUGACUGUCUGAUUGACAGCACUGGGUGAUAAUAAUGAAUGUUAAUGGAGCCUAUAUUCCUCCAGGGUUUCCGUGGUACCGUGUCUCCAGGGAGAUAUGAGUGUAUCUCUGACCCUGAGAACAACAGUAUCAAAAAGGUAAGAAAAGACAACCUGUUGCCUACAUACACCUACAUACACCUACUAUAUUUAUACAACACUUAAUAUUAUACUGAUGUGCUUGUCUAUAAUGUUUACAUUCUAUUCACCUGUCUAAUAUACCCUCAAAACUCACUUUGCUUGUAGGAUUCGAAGCGUUGUAAUAUACUAGUAUUGCUCACUCAACGCUCUCAUUGGACACUCCUCAUUCACACACCCACCAUUCACAGACACUCUAAACCAGUGGUUCUCAAUCCUGGUCCUGGGGACCCAAAGGAGUGCACAUUUUAGUUUUUGCCUAAGCACUACAUAGCUGAUUCAAAUGAUCAACUCAUCAUAGAUGCUUUGAUGAUUUGAAUCGGGUGUGGCGUGCUAAGGCAAAAACUAAAAUGUGCACUGCUUUGGGUCCCCAGGACCAGGAUUGAGAAGCACAAUUAAAUGGUACCCGCAAAACACUAGUCUCAGCCAUAUGUCAGACUGCCCAUCUUUAAUCUUUUCUUUUUAUUGGUCAGUCUGAGAUAUGGCUUUUUCUUUGCAACUCUGCCUAGAAGGUCAGCAUCCCGGAGUCGCCUCUUCACUGUUGACGUUGAGACUGGUGUUUUGCGGGUACUAUUUAAUUUUGAGCCUGUAAUCGAACCCACAAUUGCUGAUGCUCCAGAUGCUCAACUAGUCUCAAGAAGGCCAGUUUUAUUGCUUCUUUAAUCAGCACAACAGUUUUCAGCUGUGCUAACAUAAUUGCAAAAGGGUUUUCUAAUGAUCAAUUAGCCUUUUAAAAUGAUAAACUUGGAUUAGCAAACACAACGUGCCAUUGGAACACAGGACUGAUGGUUGCUGAAAAUGGGCCUCUGAACGCCUAUGUAGAUAUUCCAUAGAAAAUCAGCCGUUUCCAGCUACAAUAGCCAUUUACAACAUUAACUAUGUCUACACUGUAUUUCUGAUCAAUUUGAUGUUAUUUUAAUGGACAAAAAAAUUGCUUUUCUUUCAAAAACAAGGACAUUUCUAAGUGACCCCAAACUUUUGAACGGUAGUGUAUGUACAUGUACUCCACACACAGCUGGCUCAAACACCACUCAUCUUUCUCUCUUUCUCUCUUUCUCUCUUUCUCUCUCUCUCUCUCUCUCUCUCUCUCUCUCUCUCUCUCUCUCUCAGGAGGAAGAGUCCGGGCCCGUGCCCCCAUCUCUCUCUGCCCAGGACUACCUCACCCCUUCCUGGCCCCUGUCCCCCUCUUCCUCCCCCCUCUCCCACUCCAACGCCAGCGACUCGGAUCCCCAGAAUGAGGGGGGCGAGGACGGGGGUCAGAGACGCACACCUCGCCGCCGCAAACGCCGCCGGACCACCACCCCCUCCAAAAAGAGAUCCACCCCUCACCGGACGUCCCCGGGCCGCCCUCCCCUCUCCGCGUCCUACCGCCCCAUCACCUUCUCCCCCCCUCCCUCCUCCUCCACCUCUUCUCGCCCUUCUCUGUUCAAAUCUCCGGCUCCGUUGGGGCCCAACACGACGGCGAACAUCAGCAUUAACAUUGCCAGGGGGGUCGGCAUGGGCGUGCCCCCCCAGAAGCUGAGCUGCACCUACUGCGGGCGCCACUUCCGCUCACUGGGGCGCCACCUGGACAAGCACCACCCCAACCAGCCCGAGAUCCGCGCCGUGCUCAUCGAGCGCUUUAUGCCCCACCUGGCGGCCGCGCACGCCGCACACCACGCUCAGUCCCAGCAGCAACCUCGGUCAUCAUCGGCGUCAUCAGGAGCGGAGCAAAACUCCCACAAGCCACCACAGGGGGGCACCGCAGCCGCCCUGUCUCCUCAACGUCCCACCGCCACCACCGCCCAAUCCCCUUCCUCCUCCGUCGGGAGAAACUCCUCCCCCCUGGUGUUGACUCCGCCCCGAGGGUGCAGUGCCAUGGCCGUGUCCGUUCUGAAGAGAAGCCCACCUCCGGUGGCUGUGGCCCCGCCCAGAAAGGCGGGACUGCGCAAAGUGAAGAAGGAAAAAGAGGAGGAGGAAGAUUUGGUGGAGGUGGUGAAGCCCAAAGAAGAGGAGGAAGAGGCAGAGGCGGCUUGUCCCCACGUCUUUCAGCAGACGCCCAAAGAGAUGGAACGGACGCCUAAAGAGGAUGGAAAUGAAGAAGAGGAGGAAAACGGAAUGAUGGAAGACGACAGUGGAGCGGAGGAUAAGGAGAAGGAGUUAUUGAGGUGAGGGUGGGAGGUUGGUACUCCGUUAAAGGACUAGUUCACCUAAAUGACAAAUUCACCUCAUCGAAUGGAUGUUGAGAAAGUAGUUGAUGGAUCAGCAAAGUGUCAGCAAACUGAACUACUGCUUAGCUUUUAGCAUUGGUGAAUGUAAAAAAGUAGGAAUGCUUUUAGCAUGCUCCAAAUAAGAUGACUAAAUCAAUCAACUGAGACUGACUUAAAAGUAACUUCAAACUGCUGAUGUGAUGUUAUCAAUAUAUGUUAUGAAUAUAGUAGAUACUUUUAAAUAGAUUUUCCCCCAUUGCAUAGUGCUUUGAAUAAAUGAAUAACUGACACUGCAAUUGAAACUAAUCUCUCUCCUUUCUCCCUCUUUCUUUCACUUUUUCCCCUCCCUCUCCCUCAGUUCGGGCCGUCUCCACAUGCUGCCCCUCCUCUCCUCCCUGUCUUCCCUGGUUCUCUACCUGCGCAGGCUCCAGCACUCUGCCUUCCUCUCCCUGUCCCGCCAGCUCCAAUCCGCCGAGGCCUGGCGCCUCCUGUGCCACUCCUCCCUCGCCCUGCUCAUCCUCUACAACCGUCGGCGCGAGUGCGAGGUCUCCAAACUGGCCAUAGCCGAAUACCGUGCCCGUGUCACCCCCCAGUGCCCUGUGCCGGUGCCCCCCGGCGCCCCACCCGCCCUCACACCCCUGGAGGCAUCGCUUUCGCCAUUUGAGCGUCUCGUGCUUCCGCAUUUGCCUCGAGUAGGUGUCCAGGGCAAACGAGGAAGAGUCCAGCCCCUCAUCCUGCCACCGCACUGCGAGCCGUGUCUGGAACUCCUCCUCCAGACCAGGCAAGAUGUCGGCGUCGAUCCCCAGAACCCGUACGUCUUCGCCCGGCCGUACCACUCCCCAGCCACCCCCCUCCGGGGCACCGACCUCCUCCGGAGCCUGGCCCGCUCCAGCGGCACCCGGAACCCCCGCGCCCUCACCCAGACGCGCGUCCGGCGCCAGGUCGCCAUCUUGACGCAGCUGCUAUUGCUCGGCGAGGGGGAGGAGCCAGGACAGCCGGGAGGGAACGCGGUAGAACGCCUGGAACACUUCCUGGAGCGCGAGUACCACGUGACGCAGAGCUGCGGCAGGAUUGGCCAGGACCCGGGGCUGAUGGGUAGAGUGGGGCGCGUGGUGCUGUGCGGGGAGAGAGACGGCGUGCUGUUCCGAGGGAUGAGCCUCCACCACAUCUGUCUGGAGCUUGACGGUAAGGAGACACUGAGGGGUUAACAUAUACGUCAGACCUGAAUAGUCAAACUAGAAGUGGAGUUAUUUUUCUCUCCUUUACUGUAUAUUAAGUGUGCUUGAUUCAACCUGCUUGAUAUAAUAGAACCGAUGGAACAAAGCAUGAUGACCGUUAGAGAAAGGAUAGCUGUAGGUCAAACCGAUCGGACGUUUUCGUGAGACCGAUUUUCGGGAUGUCUCAUGGUCUGACAAACACCGCUCUAGCUCUGUCACCUUUCACCGCAGAUGCGGAAGUGCGACAUAGGCGGAUGCCUACGAUAUCUAGCUUAAACUGACGGAUUUUGAUGGGGAUUUUUUAUGAUGUUACUUAGAUUGACGCAACAGUGCGUCAAUCCACUCUAGGGGGUAAAACAGUUUAGUGUCGUCUCCUGAUGAUUGUUCAUUUUAAGGACUGCCCUUUAGUAUGAUGAGGACCAGCGUUGUAGUUAAAGUUGAGAAACAUUGACAUGUAUUUGACCCUUCUCUUUCUCCCCCUACAGUGAUGUCAGGGAACUCGGCCGACUCGUACUCGGAGGGUGACUCUGACGGCGAGGGGGGGAAGGAGAAGGGCGAGGUGGCCCCUCCCAGCCUGCUGAUGGUGAGGAAGGGCAGGACCAACGGCAGGACGCCGCGUGCCAGGAAACUCAAGGUCACACCCUCCUCCGCAUCGCCCCUCUCCCCCUCGCUCCCCGGCCGCAGGAGAGGCUCAGGUGGGCCCAAAUCAGGUGUGUGUGUGUGUUUAUUGCAUAGUCAUACUACGAAAGAGUUGAGAUAUUCAAGACCAAUACAGAAGUGUGUGUGCCUGUAAGCCAUAGAGGGAGGGGUGUGUGUGUAUGUGUGUGUAUGUACACAGUAGUGUGUGUGUACUGUAUACAACCCACCACAAAGACAUGUCUACACAGAUCCAUCCCUGUGUGUACUAACCCACCCUCUCCCCGCACAGGCAAACGCGGCGUCCUCAAGCGCCCGUGGUCGGACGCGGAGCGCGCCGCUGUGGAGGAGCACCUGACCUGCAACAUCGCCGAGCUGCGUGUGCCGGCCAAGGCCGACUGCGAGCGCUGCCUUCAGAGCUGCCCGCUGCUGGUCACCAACCGGCGCGACUGGCGGGCCAUCAAGUUCUACUGUCACAACCGCAUCCAGCUGCUGAAGAAGAACCAGCGGCGCGAGGGCGACGGGACGCCCAUCAUGGUGUGCUGAGAAGACUGACGGACAGACUGUGAGAUUGAUGGAUGGACACGACAAUAUCUCCACAGUAUCCUCACUAGCGUGCUACUUAUGAAGGAAGGAAGCCAAAACAGAGGAGUGGUCAACUCCGUAACGUUACAGCAAUGACGGUCAACUCUGUAAUAUUUUUUUUUUGCUGAUGGUCAACUCUGUGGCGCAACAGAGUUGAUGCUGAAGGAAGCAAUGUAAUGGCCGUGUGUUUAAAGUGGUAUGCUAAUGUGGGUAUUGGAAUGUAGCCUACAUCUCAUUAAGCAGGUUUCCAUCCAAGCUUUUUAAGUACAUGUCGGGUCCAAAAUGUCAUGACCGGCCUGAUGGAAACAGAACAUUUG